CGCGCUCCCCUUCCCUUUCCUCUUUCCUCUGCUCUGCUCCUCUGCUGCUACUGCUCCCUCCUGCUGCUGCUGCUGCUACCUCCUCUUCUUCCUUCCUUCCUUCCUUCCUUCCUUCCGGGCUCUCCUGUCAUCCCCGUCGCCAUCCCCGUCGCCUCUCCCAUCCCAUCGCUGUUCCUCUUCUUCCUUCCUUCCUUCCUUCGUCCUUUCCUUCCUUCCAUUCCUUCCUUCCUUCCUUCCUUCCAUCUUUCCUUCUUCUUCACACAAACAACACACCCGCGGAAUAUUUGUAGGAUCAGUAGCCAGCAGAGAGGAGAGGAGAGAGGAGAGAGCAGCAGAAGAAGCGGAAGAAUCAUAUCUGCGCAUCUGCAUUUCCUGCGCACCUCCGCUUUCUCCAUAUUUUCCGAUCUUUGCUUUCUUUCUUUCUCCUCUGCCUGCUGCUGCUCUGCCGUGCUCUCCUCUCUUCUCUUCUCUUCUCUCCUCUCCUUUCCUCUCCUCUCCUCUCUCCUCUGCUCUGCUUGGCGUGGCGUGGCGUGGCUUGGCUUUGCUUUCCCCUUCGCCUGGCCUUUCCUGGCCUGGCCUGGCCUCUGUGCUUUGCUGUGCUGGGGUUCAACUGAUCACCUGCUGAUCCGUGUUUCAGAUCCGUCUCAAAACCUUCUGAAGCGGUUCUUUACGGCCCUCAUUGUUGCUGUCCUCUGCGCCCGUCCCUCAUUCUCUUUCUCUUUCUCUUCCUAUCCUCUCCUCUCCUCUCCUCUCGUCUCCAUCUUUCUCCCGGCCAGGUUCAUUGACCUCAGCGAUUUAUUUUGUUGCUGGUGGGCGACGGGGAGAUUGCCUCGGAGGCUUGAGAGGGGAGGUUGGCUGGGUAGAAAGUGGUGUAAAUUUUUUCCCCUCCGCGCUGUGGAGUGAGAGUGGUAAAUUUGCGGAAGCCGAUUAGGAGGGAUGUGGAUGUAGGAUGUUCUUUAUUGCCUCAGAAUUUUUCCAGUAUUCUUUACUUCCCUUUUAUUACAGGGAAAAGAAAUCUGUGUUCGUAUUCUUUCCUUCCCUCCUGAGACACAUUCAUCAGCGCGGGGUGUGUCGUUGAGUUAAGCGCUGAGGUUGAGGACCGGCUCCGCAACACGGCAAUUUCUCCUUUUUCUCCCCCCGUUUCGAUCUCUUCUCUGCGGCCUUCAUCUGUGUUGUCAGACUGGAGUUGUCGCACAAUCUCUCUCUUCAGCAGUGUGCUUUGAAUUCUUUCCAUUCCUCCUCCUGCUGCCGUAGGGUCUGUGGGGUGCUUGCGCCAAUUUAGUAUCGGCACCAUUUAUUUCUGAACUGCCGGGGCCAAUCCGCCUUUUCGUGACAUGUUCACUUGUACGCCUAUUUACCUAAGCUACUCUUUUUGUGCGAUCUAAUUAUCUCCCUCCAAUUCUUUGGGAGCGGCGAACGCUAGGAAAUAAUGGCCUUGUCAUCAGCAGAUCUGCCCACUGUGUUUUCCCUGCUGCAAAAUGCACUGAGCCAGGAUCAAAGUAUACAAAAGCCUGCUGAAGCAACUCUGGCCUCCUGCGAGAAUCGACCUGGGUUUUGUUCAUGUCUCCUGGAGAUUAUUGCCUCCCGGGACUUGGAGAAACAGAGUGAUCCACGGUGGCUAGCUUCUGUGUACUUUAAAAACAGCAUAAAUCGAUAUUGGCGGAUCCGACGAGAUACACCAGGAAUUGGCGAUGCAGAGAAACCCUAUUUACGAAGCAAGCUGUUGGAUCUCAUUAGGGAGGAAGAUAAUAAGGUUGCUGUUCAACUUGCCUUGUUGAUAGCCAAAAUCGCCCGGUUCGACUAUCCUCGGGACUGGCCCGAGCUAUUCCCUAUGCUUCUACAGAAGCUGCAGUCUCCAGAUGUUUUAUUGACACAGAGGGUGUAUUUGGUACUGAACCAAACUUUGAAGGAGCUGUCUACUAAACGGUUAGCGGCGGAUCAACGCAAUUUUGCUGAGAUAACCUCGCAACUUUUCGAUUACACCUGGCACCACUGGUUCGCGGAUAUGCAGCUUAUUCUGCAGGGAUUUUCAUUAGUUCUAGCUAGUCCUGAUAGUGGGUUACAGCCUGACCAGGGAAAGGCAUUGUCUUUGACCUGCGAGCGCUGGCUUCUCUGCUCGAAAGUAUUAAGACGAAUGCUCCUCUUCGGGUUUCAAAGUGACGCAAAAUCCGUUCAGGAAGUUGCACCAGUGAAGCAAGUAUCUCCAGCUUUUUUGCAAGCUGCCCAAUCAUUACUGCAGUAUCGUGCAGUACCUCCUAUCCGAGAAUUUGUUGAGAAGGCCUGCCUGAGGUUAAUGAAGACUCUGGUGGAAGUUCAGAGCACUCAUCCUUUCUCCUUCAGCAAUAAGGCUGUUCUGCCUCCGGUCUUAGACUUCUGCUACGUACAAGUCACCGAACAAAGCGGCGGCAGCACUAUGUUUGAGCACUUUCUGAUUAAAUGCAUGAUAUUUAUUCAGUCAGUUAUACAGUGUGCUUCAUAUAGAUCCCAUAAAGCUGGGCGUGUUGUUGGAGCAUCGACGCCUUCCCUGGAAGAAGCCAAGGGGAAUCUUGCUGGACAGGCCGAAGAGAUACUUCAAUCUUUGUUGGAUAAGCAGCGCCUGGUGGUACUAUCUGAAAUACUUGUUCGAAGGUACUUUGUUCUCACGGGGGAUGACCUAGAGGAGUGGGCUCAGGAGCCUGAAGCAUUUCAUCACGAACAAGAGAUGGUUCAGUGGAGAGAGAAGCUUCGACCAUGUGCGGAAUCUUUAUAUUUAGCUCUAUUCGAAAGACAUCGAGAGGAGGCAGAGAUUUGCAGUGGCCGGUGCAACCUACCUGUCUCUGGAGAGUGGGAAAUGUUGGCACCACUGGUCGUAGAAAUGUUGAAGCAGGCAUCCGAUAAUUGUCCGCCUGCAGCUCCGGAUGCAGACAUGCAAAUAACGCCUGCCUUAUUACUGAAGGAGGCUGUCUAUAAUGCUGUCGGUGUAGCAAAUUACGAUUUGUAUGACUACAUAGACUUCAAGUCUUGGUAUGACAGCUGCUUAGCUCAGGAGCUUCAUAAUCGACAUCCAAACGGCCGUAUCUUACGCCGGAGAGUGGCUUGGCUUGUGGGGCAAUGGGUUAGCAAGAUCAAAGACGAGAUGAGAAGACCAAUUUACAGUGCACUGCUGGGACUUCUAGGCGAUAAUGAUCUCGCCGUGAAGCUGGCAGCUUGUCGCUCUCUCCACAACUUGAUCGAUGAUGUACAUUUCUACGAGGAGGAGUUCGUGGAGUUCGUUCCUACCUGUUUGCAGUUUCUGUUUGAGUUUAUGGGCACAGCUCAGGAGUUUGACUCCAAGCUACAAAUAUUUAAUCUAGUUUCUCUCAUUAUUGAAAGAUUGGGCGAAAAAGUCCUACCCUGUGUAGAAAAAAUCAUGUCGUUUCUACCCCAGGUUUGGCAAGCUUCCGAAGGACAAAGCCUUCUGAGGAUUCAGGUUAUACUUGCAUUACAACGGCUCUUGAUGGCUCUAGGGCCGCAGUCUCCAAUGUGCUACGAAUUGCUGUUUCCGAUUUUGCAAUACAGCACCGACGUGAAUCAACCAGACGAACUUAACAUGCUGGAGGAUGGAAUGCAGCUAUGGCAAACGACGUUGAGGCAUGCUCCCGUUAUGGUGCCUCAGUUGCAAGGUUUAUUUCCCCACUUGGUUGCGGUCAUGGAGAAGAGUUUUGAUCAUCUUCAGGUGGCUAUGAAUAUCAUUGAGAGCUAUGUUCUCCUCGGAGGCGCGGAUUUUCUUCGUCACCACGCGGCUGGAGUAGUGAAGAUCCUAGACAGCGUUGUUGGGAACGUCAAUGAGAAGGGAAUGAUGUGCACUCUUCCUGUUGUUGACACCCUUAUUCAGUGUUUUCCCGGAGAUGCACCUGCAAUUCUCGAAGCGGUCUUACAGAAAUUGGUGGUUCUUGUGGUCAAUGGGCGAAAUGAUUCUGACAUAGUGAGAGCAUCAUCCGGAGCGAUUUUGGCAAGAAUUCUUGUGCAAAAUAGCGGCUUCUUUGCUCAAUUCACAUCUCAACAAUCUUUAGCAGUUGCCCUGCAGCAGUCGGGCGUGACUUCUACUGAUCAAAGUGCUCUUUUCCUUUUUUUUGACGCUUGGCUUGAUAAGAUCGAUUCACUUACAACUUUAGGCAAGAGGAAAGUUUGCGCAUUGGCUCUUUGCGUGCUACUCACGCUCAGAGAACCACAAAUUUUAGAUAGACUCGAGCAGAUCCUCAGUGUUUGUACAAGUGUACUUCACGAGACAGAAGAAGAGAAAAAUGGAAAUCCCUCUAACUAUAGCUACUGGUCGUCGAACGCGCACUCGGGAGAGGAGGGUUCGGUUUCAUCAGUUGAAAGCGAGGAAUCCAGAAAAAGACAGGUUCUUGGUGCUGAUCCCAUCAACAGUCUUUCCCUUGCUCCUCUUUUAAAGGAAAAGUUGCAAACAUGUGCUGCUUUGCACGGAGAAGCUGCUUUUAAUACCGCCAUGUCACGUCUUCAUCCCAUGCUGCUCGGUCAGUUGCAGCAACUUUUGCAAACAUGAUCAUUCAUCUUCUACGAAGCCCCGCCCAGAGAUUUCAAUGAUUAUUGACCAUCCAUCGAAGUAAUCCAUGUGAGAAUGGAGCUCCCAUUCAGAAAUUUCAUUGUAAUUCUGAAGUCAACUGAGAUUUCAUCCAAUCUGGAAGUCAACACUAGGGAGGGCAAAUCCACUCCCUUAGAAUGGUUUACAAUUCAGUAACUGGAAGUUUAGACAGAGCUCACCAAAAGACAAGCGUGCUGGCGGAGGGGCUCCAAGUACUGCACGGAAGACGGCUUUCAAAGUGACCAUGUAUCAUCAUCACCAGUUUUCCUUAUUGUCUUCCUCAACGAACACCAAUAAGUGUGGUCUGCAACAAGGUACCCUACAAGGCUUCCAGUCGGAGGUAUUUCAACGGUAGUAAUCCGAUCAUAGGUCACGGUGGACGUUGAGUUGGAAUUGAUUGUUGGUGAGUUGUUCUUGCGCCCGGAACUCAGGACUCCUUUCAGAGGACUCCUGACUGUCCCUUCCUGCAACCACUGAUGUGUGGGAGGACGACUAGCACACAACCUUGGGCCAAGCUUUGGUUAGAGAGGGUCAUUUAUAGAAAAUCAAGAAAUUGUAUCCUGGAUUAAUAUACUUCAAGAAAGUAAACGAUGUGAGAUUUGAGUCUGCCCACGCAAAGCUAGGGAUCGUCUACACAAGCUGUCAUUGAGGAGAUUUUGCAUGGAUUUCACUGAGCCUGAUGUGGUAAUGGCCUCUCGAGUCAUGGUUUUUGCAUGAGCUCACAUUCCUAACAAUACCCACGUUCUCGAAGGAGGAAAUGGCACGUCUCCUCAGAAACUUCGUUGCUCAUCUCCAGGAGACGGAAGUUAUUGUUACAGUUCGCAAAUGGACUGGAUCUCUCAGUUGCAAAUUUGGGGCCGUUACACAUAGAGCAAAGUACGGCCGUGUUCACUGACAUGUCUAUCUUACCUGAAUCUACGUUGACACAGUUUUCCGACAAAAGUAUCUUGCCAUCAAAAGGUGCAGUAAUGCCGUGCAUUUCAGCUCCCAACACAACU